AUGAAAAUUAAAGUUUUGACUUACAAUAUAUUCAUAAGACCUCCUCCUAUAAAAACAAAUGAAGAUGACUUUAAAGAUGAACGUUUGACAAGUAAACUUAAUUUAAAUAUAAAUUAAACUUAUUUUAAUGAAUAUGAAGCUCUAAUUAAUAUUCUUUAAGGAAAAGAUAAAGAUAUUGUUAUAGAUUUAGCAAAGGAAGCUAAUAAUGGAUAAUUCCCUAUAACUUAUGGAGAAUAUAAAGUUGUUAAUAAAGUUAAAAUACCUUUUGAAACUAAAAAAUUAAAAAUUGAUAUAAAAAGUAGCAGUGUAUAAAAAUUUUCUAUUGAUAAUUAAAUUUUUACUCAGCUUUCAGACCAUUUUGGAGUUUCAACUAUUAUCUUAUAUGGGUGA